AUGGAUCAAAACAAAUUCAGGAUCGGGACAUCUUAUCUGGAGAGAAACAAACAUUACGUUCAAGCUAACCGUGAGUCUGAAUAUAAUAUGUACAACAAUUUACCGAGUACCACGAACUUUUCGCAAUCUACCCAUGAAGGUUCGCGAGUCCAGAGCAAGGUCAUUGAAGACCUCCAAUCAAAAGUUUUUUCAUUAAAUGUCACUUAUCAGAAAUAUAAUAAUAUGGUACAUCAAUUCAAAGCUGAAUUGGCUCAAGUUAAAACGGAGAAUGAUACUAUGAAUGAUGAAAUUGCAGGUAUAAGAGAUUCAAUCUUUGAUAUUCAUCACUCGUUGGAAAACCAACUCCAAGAUAACUUUAAUAUUGCUACAAAGACUCACAAACAUUAUCAAAGAUCUAAGAAUUUAUUAAUUUUCAAUAUUCCUGAUUCGAUGGGUGAGACACCAGAAAUGCUAAAUUCUAUAAUAAGUGAAUUACUGAGGGAUAUAGGAUUUAAUAAUGAGUUCCCAGAAAUCACACGGUUUGGUAUUGAUCGUGAUAAGGAUCGUCCCAUUCUUUUGGUAUUUAAAUCGCCUGAUUAUGUCCAGACGAUUUUGAAACAGAAAAAUAAACUUUGUUUUUUUAAACGUUGGCAAAAAGUUAAGAUCGGCAGAGAUUUGACAGUAAACCAGCGGUAA